CCACGUUUUACAGAAAAAGCCAAUCCAAGUGUAUGUAUGUAUGUAUGUCGGGCAUGCACCUUUAACCCUCUCCCUCUCCCUCUCCCCUCUCUCUCUCUACGCUCCUCCGAUAAUUUCUUCGAUAUCCUGCUUGCAUCGUUCUUUCCGAGCUCACUCUCAAUGGAGGCGUUGUCGCUUGGGUCUUUUCGGAAGCCUUCGCUGCUGCACCACUCGCUCCCGCCCGCUCUCCCGCCCGCCAAAUUUCGCAUGCUAGUUACUGCAUCAAAUUUUUUAGAAUGCAAAGGUCUCAGCAAUGUAGAGAGACUGAAUGCCAGGCAGAAUUUGAUGAUGCACAGCCAUUCCCAAAUUGGUCAGAGUAAUUUCAUGUUAAAUCCUAGGCUUAACUUCAAGUGUCUAGUUAAAUCAACUCCUGGACAUCCUCUUGAAUCCGAACCUUCCGGAAGCCCUUGGAAGUCUGUGCAGCUUGCAUUGGAUGCUUUCUACAGGUUUUCACGGCCCCACACAGUUAUCGGAACAGUAUUGAGCAUAAUCUCAGUUUCACUCCUUGCAGUUGAGAAUGUGUCAGAUUUUUCUCCUGCAUUCUUUUCAGGCGUGUUGGAGGCCAUUGUUGCUGCCUUUUUUAUGAACAUUUACAUUGUGGGUUUAAACCAACUAUGCGACAUAGACAUAGACAAGGUGAACAAACCUUAUCUUCCAUUAGCAUCCGGGGAAUAUUCGGUUCCAACUGGUGUGAUGAUCAUUUCUUCCUUUGCCAUCUUGAGUUUUUGGGUGGGAGCUAUUGUUGGUUCAUGGCCAUUGUUUUGGGCUCUUUUCAUCAGCUUCAUACUUGGUACUGCUUAUUCUAUUAAUGUGCCGUUUUUUAGGUGGAAGAGAUUUGCGGUUGUUGCAGCAAUGUGCAUAUUCGCUGUGCGAGCAGUAAUUGUACAGAUAGCAUUUUAUUUGCAUGUGCAGAUGCAUGUGUACAGCCGGCCUCCCGUCCUGACGAAGCCAGUGAUUUUUGCAACUGCAUUCAUGAGCUUCUUCUCAGUUGUCAUUGCAUUGUUUAAGGACAUACCGGAUAUUGUUGGGGACAAGAUAUAUGGAAUCCAAUCUUUUACUGUUCGUUUGGGCCAAGAGAGGGUCUUCUGGAUCUGCAUUUUACUUCUUGAAAUUGCAUAUGCUGUUGCUAUUUUAGUAGGAGCAGCAUCCUCAUCCAUUUGGAGCCGAUGGACAACGGUUGUUGGGCACAUUCUGCUGGGAUUCUUGUUGUGGAGCAGCGCAAAAUCGAUUGACUUGAACAACAAAGCAUCAAUAACAGCCUUCUACAUGUUCAUAUGGAAGCUCUUUUAUGCCGAAUACCUCCUCAUUCCUCUCAUUAGGUAAAUAAAAAUACAUAUAUCUAAGCUGCUGAGGUAAAUGGCUCUAUCCCGACUUCAGUCUUUUUUAAUUUACUAUGGGGACUCAGUCAAUUAGUGAAUUCGUCAGCUGUACAUUGCACAUUUACAUUCUCUUGAGCUAUUUCCUUUCUCUGUUUUCUCAAUAAUCUGAAAAGGUGUAGACAUUCCAUCCCAUAAUUUGCUUUGCUACAUAAUAAAUAAUUCAUUACUUCA